GAACGGAGCCCGACAGCCUCGCCUUCCCACACCCACGGAACCGGGGAGCUCGGCGCUCGAGGAGGUUAUGGACCCGGCGCUUUCGCUUCUGCCCGGGUUAUUUCGAAAGAAGCGACGGGGCGGUUCGGGGAGUGGGUCUAGUCUGGGUCUAGUCCCGGUGGCUUCACAUUUAGCUUAGUUCCCAGGCGCUCUCGGCUUCUAACGCUUUCCCGGACACGGGGACCCCGCUGGUCGCGGAGAUCACCGCGGAUUGGCUCUGCUCGGCCACGUGACCGCCGUCCUCGUAACUGGACUUUUCUCCGAGAGCGAGCUUCGCAGCUCCGCCGUCUCACAGGAAAACAAACGCAACCCGACCGAGCCGACAAACGGCGGACCAGCGUGGCCAGCAUGGGAGACAAGAGGAGCCCGACGAGGCCGAAGCGGCAGUCCAAACCCUCGUCCGACGACGCCUACUGGGACUGUAGCGUGUGCACGUUCAGGAACAGCGCCGAGGCGUUCAAAUGCAUGAUGUGCGAUGUCCGCAAGGGCACGUCGACGCGGAAGCCUCGUCCUGUCUCCCAGCUGGUAGCACAGCAAGUAACGCAGCAGUUUGCUUCGCCCACUCAUCCCAAGAAAGAGAAGAGAGAGAAGACGGAUAAGGAGAAAAAUGAAAAGGAACCCAUGCUGAAAAGGAAUAACCACAAGAAAAUGAGGCCCAGGUUGAAAAACGUGGACAGGAGCAGUGCUCAGCACCUGGAGGUGACUGUGGGCGACCUGACGGUCAUCAUCACAGACUUUAAAGAGAAAACCAAGCCCUCAUCCAGCUCCUCUUCUAGCGCCACCUCAGCAGACCACCACAGCCAGAGCGGCUCCAGCUCCGACAACACAGAGAGAGGGUUCUCCCGCUCCUCGUCGCCCCGGGGGGAGGCCUCUUCAGUUAAUGGAGACGCCCAUUAAGAGCAGACCCUGUAGCAGACCCCUAACCCCCUCGCACCCGACUGUUCACUUUGCACCUCAACAUGCACAGGAGUUUGUGUGUGUGUGUGUGUGUGUGUGUGUGUGUGUGUGUGUGUGUGUGUGUGUGUGCGUGUGCGUGUGCACCAAGACUUACUGCAAGAUACAGACUGACGCACCACCAUCAAACCACCACCACCACCCCCACAGGAUUAAAGCCCAGGAACUGCCAGGACUGAAUGCUCCUGCUCUGUUACAACACAGUCCGUAUGUUCCAACACCUACUGGGUCCGCUCCAGUGAACUGUUGGCUACUUUUUACAGGACUUUGAUGAUGAUGAUGAUGAUGGUUAAUUGCAACAAGGCCACAAUUGACUGACAGUACAGCGCCAAUAUGACAUGAUAGUAUUAUGCAUCAAACCAGUGUUACCUGUCAGUUUGCAUUUGAACACAGACAUCCAUCUCCUUUUGUCUUGCGUACUAAUGUGGCAUGGUUGGGUUUUUUUUUUUUUCCUUUCGUUUUCAGAAACCAGCGCGGGGGGCCGGGGGGGCGGGGGAUUAAGCGUAAUGCCUUUCUAUAAUUGUACAGUUUGUUAACUAACUGUUGAUAACUAACUGUGGUAGCAACAGGAUUCUUUCUCACUUGUUUAUUGCACCUGCUGGCACUUGGUGUGGUUUUCAUGAGAGGGGGAAAAAAGUAGUUUUUGUUAUUUGUCGUUUUGUUUUUAAUAUCUGGAUUUGAGAGAAUCGUUUUAGUUCGUCCUUCCACCCACAUGUACUGUAAUGUGUUAGAACAUCUUGGUUCUUCUCAUUAAGAUGGUGAAACAAAUCAAGAACAUUUAUUGGGAAACAUGGGGAAAUGUAUUUGUAAAAUGUUGACUUUGCUUAUUCCAUCCUUUAUAAUGAGCAGUGGUAUAUAAAUAUAUUGCGGUAUAGGAAUUAUCUCUUAAUAAAAUGUACUAUUUAGACUCCC